AAUGGUUGGAAUUUCUCACGAGUAAUAUCAGUAACAAAGUAGAAUCCAACGAGCGUAGAGGUAUCCCUACGAAAGAUACUUCGAAGAAGAUUUGGAAAAAGUCACGAAAAAGGAAAGAGAAUGAAGUUAUCGCUUUUGACAAUAACGCUAUUCUCUCUCACUCGUGGGGAUAUUUGGACACAUCAAGAAAUAAAAGAUGUUAAUCAAAAUGCACGAAAUAUUUUAACCGAGCAUAUCGUGGAAAAUUCAUCAUUUCGAUCGAAUUCUCCGAUUUUGUCAACGUCUAUACUUCCACCCUUAAGAAAAGAUCCUAUUCCUUGGACAGACUUUUCAAUGAGUAAUGAUGGACCUUCGAAAAAAUCUUCAUCGAUCGUGAUUUAUCCUACAGAAGCAACUCUUUCUAAUCAAAACGAAAUGAUCGAGCCGAUCGUUCUAAAUACGAUUCCACCAGUCACGACAACUUUUGCUUCACCUUCUGGGAUAGUUUCUCUAGAGACAAGGACAACCGAGUUCGAAUCGCUAAUCAGUCCAGUAACGAUAACGGGAGCUACCGAUGGAAAUGCAAAUAUCGUUGCGAUCGAAAGCAACGAUGAAAUUGCAUCAGACGAUACAUCGAAGAAACUAUUCCUAUGCGGAUCUCUCCGCAACGAGUUGAUCGUGAGCAGACCUGGAAGUGGCUCGGUGUUUAUCAAAGGUGCUUCGAGAGUUGCCAUAAUCGAUGAUGCUCAAAAUUCUGUGAUCGUCUGUCAGCCAAGUACAAAUUUGAGCCCACCACUGGAUCCGGAAGAAAGACUAGGAACGCACGGAAUGGAUUUCGAUCGGAAAUCAUCAACCCUACCACCGACCGUUCUUUUUCCCGAAACACCUAAAAAUCGUGCACCUAUCGAUCGAUCCUCGACGAUCGUAUUAAAAGAUUAUCUAGUACCACCGUAUACCUAUUUGAAAAGAUAAAAAAUUUGCAAACAUGUUUUGCAAGUUUCUAUUAGGAAAAGUAAUUCAAUCUAUCGAACGUUAAUAGUCUCCUUAUCGUCUGCUAUCGUACGGCAAUAAAACGAACUCGUUAUUCCAUCAAUCGUUGAUUAAUAAUUUGUACGUCGACCUUUCCAUAAGGGAUUCGAUCGAACAUAAACGUUAAUCAAGCAAUAAAAUCUAACUACUGACGUUCCAUCGGAUAAACUAUAUACCAAACGAGAAAUGGAAAGCAGCAAGCAAGGACAACGAGAUCUAAAAUCCUAUUCAUUAGCAUCGUUGACCGUUACCGUAUUGAUAUCCAGCAGUAAUUAUUAUCGAGAAUAUUGUUGGCUACUACAUUUAGUGAUCGUAUAGUUUCGUUAAGGAUCAAAAUCUUCGAUCGUAUUUCAUUUAGUUUAUCGAUGUAGUUUUUCUUUUCUUUUUAACUCUACAAUUUAAAUCAGGUUAAAAGCAGCAGAAACAAGGCUUGACAAUUAAGCUUGGAACUUAAUUAUCAGUGUCUUUUUCUCUC